AUGGUUCUCGCCAACCUUGAAUUAAUGAUUCUUGUGCAAGUUGAGCAUAACAUCGUAGCCAUUUGCACAGUACCGGCCCGGACACGCUUACAUACUGCCGGUUAUCGGCGAUCUGAAGCGCCUGAUUCGUCCGAUUUUGCGGGGUGUCUUAAGAUUGUAUGGACCACCUCAUGGGCAAACAAGAUUGUGUGGCAUGAACGCUAUGGCUGUUCCAGCAUGUGUUAUAGUAUUUUCAAGCUAAGUACAAUUGUCUUCUUCACUCACAUACGAAAGAUGUCUGCGUCUCAUGGCAUUGAGACUACAGCAGCAGCAGCAACAGCCUAUGGGAAUGACGAGGCACGCGAGAAACACAGCACGGUGCGCGCCCUCGUCGAGGCCGACCUGCUAGACGAUCGCUACGCAAAAACUGAACGUGGCCUACGCAGUCGCCAUGUGCAAAUGAUGGCGCUCGGCGGUACGAUUGGAACCGGCCUAUUCGUUGGCUCAGGCCAGUCUCUCGCUAUAGGCGGCCCGGCUUCGCUUCUGCUGGCCUACAUCUUCAUCUCCGGCCUGGUUUACUGUCUGGUCACUGCUAUAGCCGAAAUAGGCGCCUACAUGCCUGUGCACGGCGGCACUAUGAGCUACCAUGGCUUCCGCUAUGUGUCGCGCAGUCUCGGUUUUGCAAUGGGUUACUUAUAUUGGUACUCUCUGGGGAUUCUGGUGCCCUAUGAAAUUACUGCUGCGUCUCUGGUUAUAAACUAUUGGAAUCCGGGUGUGAACGUCGCCGUGUGGAUUACCAUCAUGUUGGUCAUUAUCGUUGCGUUGAAUUUCCUGCCGGUCAAGUUCUACGGUGAGUCGGAGUUCUGGUUUGCUGGUGUGAAAGUCAUUACUUUGGUAGGCCUUCUGAUCCUCAGCUUUAUCCUCUUCUGGGGAGGCGGUCCGAAUCGCCAGCGUUUGGGUUUCCAUUACUGGAAAGACCCUGGUGCCUUCAAUACGUACAUUGUCGGCGGCGGAGCCGGUCGAUUUGUCGCUUUGCUGCAGUGUAUGAUUUCUAGUGCCAUUGCCUUUAUCUUCGCCCCGGAGUUGAUUGUUAUUUCCGGCGGUGAAAUGGAGUCCCCGCGUCGCAACGUGCCUCGUGCUGCCCGUCGAUACAUCUACCGACUGGUGUUUUUCUACGUUUUUGCUGUACUAGCCAUCGGUGUGAUCUGUCCGUCUAAUGACAGUCGCUUAACGAAUGGCGGAGCCGGUGCAGGCUCGUCUCCGUUUGUCGUGGGCAUCAAGAAUGCCGGAAUUCCCGUUUUGGAUAGCAUCGUCAACGCUGCAGUGUUAACCUCUGCAUGGUCAUCUGGGAACUCGUUCCUGUACAUGUCGUCAAGAUCACUGUACGGACUGGCCAUGUCCGGCAAUGCGCCCAGCAUUAUCAAGACCUGCAAUCGAUGGGGUAUACCAUGGAUAGCUGUAACGUGCUCUGCUCUCUUUUCGUUACUGGCCUAUCUCUCCGUGGGCACAUCCAGCUCGAUUGUAUUCAACUGGUUCGUCAAUUUCACCAACUCAUCCGGCUUUAUUUCAUGGAUCUGCUGUUGUAUUGUGUACUUUCGAUUCCGUAAAGCCACCGAGACCCAGGGCAUAGAGCGCCCGUAUCAAUCCAGACUGCAGCCCUACGGGGCAUACGUUGGUCUCGUGGGCUGUGUGCUUCUCACUCUGAUCAACGGAUUCACCGUUUUCUUCCCCUCCAAGUGGUCCGUCAGCAGCUUCUUCACUGCAUACAUUGGAAUCCCCGCGUUUCUGCUGUUGUACUUUGGUCAUCGCAUUGUGUUUUGGAGGGAUCCGUGGGCGUGGAGGCCUGAGGAUGUCGAUUUGCAGACUGGACUGGAUGAGAUCGUUGCUGCUGAACGGCCGCCACCGCUGCGGGAUACAUGGUACCUUAUGUUAGUACGUAUUUCCCUCUCCAUCUACAAUCAUCAAUUGUCGUUCUGCAUGAUGGCUGCUACUGCUGCUUCAGAGCAGCCCGACGGCACUGGUGUCCUUCAACUCGACCCUUGGCUCGAGCCAUUCAAAGAUGCCCUCAAAUCACGAUUCGCCUACGCCCAGCAUUGGAUCCAACGGAUCCAUGAGUCUGAAGGCGGCCUUGAGAAAUUUAGCAGGGGAUAUGAAAAAUUCGGCUUCAAUGUCAACGACAAGGGCGAUAUCACAUACCGGGAAUGGGCACCCAGUGCGAUUGAGGCCCAUCUCAUUGGUGAUUUCAAUAACUGGGACAGAAAGGCCCAUUCUAUGAAGGUGGAUUCCUUUGGUGUCUGGGAGAUUAACCUUCCUGCUAAGGACGGUGUUCCCGUGAUAUCUCAUGGGAGCAAAGUCAAGAUAACCAUGGUCACCCGUGCCGGUGAAAUGAUUGACAGAAUUCCCGCCUGGAUCAAACGCGUCACCCAGGACCUUGAUGUUUCCCCGGUUUAUGACGCCGUCUUCUGGUAUCCUCCUCCAAACGAAAGAUACACAUUCCGUCAUGAUCGCCCGAAGAAGCCAGCCAGCCUCCGUAUUUACGAAGCCCACGUCGGCAUUUCUUCGCCUGAGACAAAGGUUGCGACAUAUAGGAACUUUACAACAAAAAUGCUGCCACGAAUUAAGUAUUUAGGAUACAAUGCCAUUCAAUUGAUGGCGGUUAUGGAACACGCAUACUAUGCUAGUUUUGGCUACCAAGUCAACAACUUCUUUGCUGCAAGUAGUCGCUAUGGACUCCCUGAAGACCUGAAGGAAUUGAUUGAUACCGCCCAUAGCAUGGGUCUUGUGGUCUUGCUUGACGUCGUCCACAGUCAUGCCUCGAAGAACGUGCUGGAUGGGCUUAAUAUGUUUGAUGGAAGCGACCACCUCUAUUUUCACUCUGGAAGCAAAGGCCAACACGAACUGUGGGACAGUCGGUUGUUUAAUUAUGGAAACCAUGAGGUUCUUCGAUUUCUCCUCAGUAAUCUUCGCUUCUGGAUGGAAGAGUAUAGAUUCGACGGUUUUAGGUUCGAUGGCGUCACAAGCAUGCUCUAUACCCACCAUGGUAUCGGAACGGGAUUUUCCGGCGGCUAUCACGAGUAUUUCGGCCCCGCUGUUGACGCCGACAGCGUGAUGUACCUACAGAUUGCCAAUGAGAUGAUCCACCAGCUCUACCCGGAUGCAAUCACAGUCGCAGAAGAUGUUUCAGGCAUGCCGGCACUAUGUUUGCCGCUAUCGUUGGGAGGGGUGGGAUUUGACUACCGCCUUGCUAUGGCCGUUCCGGAUUUGUACAUUAAAUGGCUCAAAGAGAAACAGGAUGACGAAUGGGAUAUGGGCAACCUCGCCUUUACUCUGACCAACCGUCGACAUGGUGAGAAGACGAUUGCGCUUGUUGGUGACAAGAGCCUCAUGAUGUGGCUGUGCGACAAAGAGAUGUAUACCAACAUGUCGGUUCUGACUGAACUAACCCCAAUCAUCGAUCGUGGCAUGGCUCUUCACAAGAUAAUUCGGCUUGUGACGCAUGGCUUGGGUGGUGAAGGCUGGCUUAACUUUGAAGGAAACGAAUUUGGCCAUCCCGAAUGGCUGGACUUUCCUCGUGCCGGAAACAAGAAUUCUUUCUGGUAUGCGCGGCGUCUGCUGCAUCUGACCGAGGACCAUCUUCUGCGGUACCGAUUCUUGAAUGAUUUUGAUCGCGCCAUGCAAAUCACCGAGGCGAAAUAUGGCUGGCUACACUCGCCCCAGGCAUAUGUGAGUCUGAAAAAUGAGAGUGACAAGGUACUUGUCUUUGAGCGUGCAGGGUUGCUGUGGGUGUUCAACUUCCACCCCACGCAGAGCUUCGCCGACUACCGGGUUGGCGUCGAGCAAGAGGGCACAUACCGCAUUGUGCUUGAUACUGAUGAUGUUGGUUUUGGUGGACAUGGCCGCAACCAAAAGGACACUCGUUUCUUUACAACGGACAUGCCAUGGAAUGGGCGCAAGAACUAUCUGCAUGUCUACAUUCCGACGAGAUCAGCGCUAGUCUUUGCCUUGGAGAGCACUCUUUGA